UUUAAGUUUACCUUUUGAGAAUUUACUCUUUUGUACAUUUAUUAAUACAAUAGCUAAUUUAAGUUCACGUGAGUGUUAAGAAAUAAUACUUCUCAAGAUCCGCAAAUGAAUGAUUUUCUUAAUUAAGUGAUGUAUUCUUGCCUAUAUUUAGUUAUGCAUCAACCAAACAUGCUUGCUAGCUUACUUAUUAGGCUGACCUCAAAGGAAAGGGUCAAUUGUUUCAUGUCUGUCUUAAAACAACCUGUGUGAACAGGAGAAAUGUAUUACAUCAACCGAAAAAGGUUUUAGUACAUAUGCAUGCACAUGAGAAUUGCUUUGAGACGGACUUGGAGAAAAAAGUGAACCUCUCCUUUUAAGUUUUCGGGAUUUAAUGAUUUGUGAAAUGUGGUGGGAGGUGCCGGAGAGCGGACAGGAUGAUUAAGAGGCGGGGUAACCUGAGAGACAUCUGUGCCCAACAACUUGCUACCAAGCUGUUGACAUGGUGAAUAAUAGAUGACUGUAUCUUGUGCGCAUGUAACUUUUUCUGUGUCUGUGUUUAUCUUUGCCAUGUCUGUGUGUUUAUGAUGUCGGUAAGAACAGUUUCCCCUUUAUUUUCCCCAAACUGAGUAAGUCGGACAACGUCAGUUCCCGUGCCAGGUAGAACUCACCUAGUGGGCACAGGCUAACCAAUGAAGGAUCACAUGACCUCAACAGACGGGUACCGGUAGCCGUUCUGUUACCACGGUAAUGGACUCAAUGGGAACUCUGGACCUGGACCUGCAGGUUCUGUGUAACAGAGUGAAGGUCCUGGAGCAGAAUGAGGUUUCAGCCGUCCAGUCUGACAGCUACCUGAGGAACAGGAUCAGAGGGUUAGAGAGGUCAGAGAGGAGGCUGCUGCUACAGCUCGAUCAGCUAGCCUCUGCCUCCCACCUCCCCAGCAUGCAACACUCCCAGAGGCUGGACCAGAGACUCAACAUGCUCAGGGAGGAGGUCAGGACCAUGACCCAGGAGAAGGAGCGAGGAGAGCAGGUUUGGAGGGAUCGACUACAGCGCUGUCAGAGGCAGCUGAAGGCCAAAGAGGAGGAGAUGAGUCGUCAGUCCCAGUACUUCGAGAACUUUAAAACCCAGCUCCAGCACAAGCUCAGCCUGGCCCGGGACAGAGAGCAGAGCCUACAGAACCGGAUCUACGCUUUAGAAAAGCAGCUACUGGACAUGACCGUGAGUGCCGCCACGGGCAUGACAACGAUCAGUGCAGUCAGAAUUACUGCCGGGACUGUCACACACUGGGAAGAACAAGAGAGGCUACCUACCAUGAGAGGAGAGGGUGAAGGAGAAGAGGAGAGAAAGGAGGAGAGGAGGAAGCAAUGGCAGCCAAGUGUGGGAAUUGAGAGAGGAGGAGGACGAGAGAGUGAUGAGGGAAAGACAGCAAAAGAGAACUCAUAUGAAGCCAGGCUGCAAGGCUUCAUCCUGAGCCUGCAGGAGGAUCUCAGGGUGCUGCUGGAGAGAGAGGAGGGUGGCAUGACCGAGCGGAGGGGACUGAUGGAGCAGCUCCAGGAGGCUCAGGAGAACAGCCACUUCCUGGGCUGCAAGGUGGAGGAGAUGAAGGCAGAGGUGCACCAACUGAAGCUCUCUGAAAACUCCUUGAUGGAGGAGGUUGAUGAACUGAGAGAGGAGAACAACAGGCUCCAACAGAUCCUUACGGAUGCAGCUAACCAAACAUCAAGUCAGUCAUCCACAAUCCCAUGCGCGGGUUUUGGGACCAGCUCGCCCAACUGCAGUCCUGCUGUUAGUUCUGUGUCCUCCAACACUCUCUCACAUACCACGGCCAUGGUAGAGGUCCAUCUAACCUCGGUUGAGGGAAUAGGCCAGCCUCAUUCAUCUGCAGUUCCACCUGUUCACCACUGGGCUUCAGCAGAGAGCACACGAAACAACCACAGCCUACGGUCCCUUUCCGUGACUGCAGAGACACUAGAUGAACUUAAACUGGAGACUUGGGGCUCUAGAGGGAUCCUAAAUCUGGAGGAAAGCCACAGUGAGGAAUCUGAAGCCCUGAGGGAAGCCUACAGGAGCCUGGGGCUGGGGGAGGAUCUUGAAGCACUUCAAGAACAACGUGACCGCCUAGAGGUUGCCCUGCAGCACACACAGGAACAGCUGCAGGUGAUGGCUCAAGAGAAUACUCGACUGAAAUUACAACUCAGGAAAGAGGCAGAGGAACAAGAAGCAGAGGCAGAGCAGGACUCUUCAAGAGAAAGGAUUCACACAUUACCCACCAGUGAUGGAGCUGAAGAUAACAACAUUCUUGCCCUGGACAAGGAUGAUCUCGUCCAGGCCCUGAAUCAUGAGAACCGGGCCUUGGCAGACCGGAUCCAGGAGCUUCUGGCUCACAUUGAGCUCAGAGAAGAGGAACUCAAGAGGGAGGAAACACAGCUGAGAGAGCACAUCUCCAAGCUAGAGGUGGACAAAGUCAGACUGGAGCAGGAGAAGCAGGAACAAGGGUGUUUGAUUACAGAACUCACUAAGAAGACUGAGGAUGAUCUCAACACCAUAAUGGAUCUGCAGCAGCAAAGGUUAGUGGAGAGUGAGCAGCUUAUUGUGGAAUCAUCGGUUGACGAGGAACCGUGUGGAUCUCAGUUGCAAAGAGAAUACACAGCUGUAAUAUCAGGACAUUUUCAACAGAACAACCUGGAAGAAUGUGUGGACAGUUUAGUGGAAAGUGUGCUAAAAGGUGAAGAACCACCGUUGAUGUCCAGUCAACAACCAGACGAUUCGACUACAGCUUCAGCACCUGGUUCUCAACAUGAUAAUCACUAUGGUUUGUUGCAGGAUAGCCUACAAAGCAAUGUUAUGUCACUGACUGAUCAAGUGGGCCAGCUGACCAAGUCAGUCCAGAGCCUCAAAACAGAACAAGAGGAACUGUCAGGCUGCAUAAAUUCUCUCAGAGAGCAGCAGAGAGAAGUAACUCUGUCAGUUCAAACACAGACAGAAGUGAAGCAGCAGUUAACUCGGACAGUUUGGGGACUGAAGGAGGAGAAAGACAGCAUCUCUCAAUCUCUGGCUGGUCUCAAACAAGAGAAAGAGCAGCUUACCAGGACAGUCUGUGGGCUAAAAGAUGAGAGAGACCAGUUUAUAAGGUCUAUGAGUGGCCUAAAAGAGGAGAAAGAGCAGCUAACUAAGUCUGUAUCUGGUCUCAAACGAGAAAAUGAGAAACUGGCAGAAUCUCUCUCAAGUGGAAAAGAAGAGGGAGCUCAAAUCAUGCAGUCACUAGAAAGUUUACAGACAGAGAAUGACCAGUUAAGCCAGACAGUGCUCAGUUUGAAACAGGAGAGAGACAAACUAACCAAUUCCCUGAAGUGUCUGAAGCAACAGAGAGACAAGGAACAAUCAUCUUACACUUCACAAGAAGACCGCGACAAGUUGAUAAAAUCAGUUAGCAGUUUGAAAGAAGAAAAAGAAAGAAUUGAACUUUCAAUCAGUUGUUUGAAACAGGAAGAAGAGCAGAUGCAUCUAUUACUCCAGGGCCUAAGAGAGGAAGAAAACGGCCACAAAGCUGCUCUGUCCGGCCUAACACAAACAGAGGGGAGGAAUCAGAAACUGCCUAUGCUGAAUCUGAACAGUGCCACUAUUGGGACGGGAGGAUAUGCUACACAAAGAUUUCAGACUAGUGACCACAGAGAAAACUCUGUACAGGAGCAAAAUGAUCUGAUGAGGGAGAAUGAAGCCUUGGGAGCAGAACUAAAGAGGUCAAAAGGUGAACUGGACAAGAGCCAUGUAGAUACCGAGAGGUUGCACAGUGAAUUGUGUCAGUCAGAAACCAGGAGGGAGGAGGCAGAGAGAAAGGCAGCCCAAGCAGCUGACAAGGUGACGAGGCUGACAUUUGUAGCUAAUCAGAUGGAAGAAACCAGACAGGAAAAUGACAGCCUCAUAACCCAGGUGAAGGAGCUCCAGAGAAAAUUUAGAGACUUGGUCAGGGAGAAGACUGAUGCUCUGUCACUAAAGGCACAAAUAGAGGAGCAAUACAACAUCCUUACAGCUCAGCUCAAAGCUAAGACGGUGGCUCUAGAGGAGCUAAACUCGGAGUAUAUCGCUCUGAAACAAGGGCAGGGAAGCAAGGAUGAUCUGAGCACUGUUCUUGUCUCACUCAGGACACGUUACAACAACAUCAGAGCUAAGUAUGAUGCACUCCUGAAAAAGAGGAGCCAGAACGAUCUGGAUAUAGCUCCUUUAAAGGCCAAGCUGUCUUGCCUGGUGUUCAAGUGUCAGGAGAGGAACAACUUGUUGGUUCAGAUGAUGAAGGCCAUGCACAGACAAGGCAAUGCGGACUCCACACUCACACAGCAGGUUGAGCAGCUGCUCAGUGACACUGCUCUGCAGGAGUACACUGCAGCAUUCACACCAGGGAGCAACGUAAAGACCCGGGAUUACAGUACUGGCUUCACACCAGGAUUUAUUUCAACAUUUCAAAACUAUUCUAGUGGACUCACUCCUGAUUGGACCUGCUCUACUUUACCUUCACUUGUAAAUCAGCAAUGCCAAAAUGGAUUUGCAUCUGAAUCUGGAGUGAAAUGUAGAGAGCUAAAAAGAGAAAAACAUACAUCUUUAGUCACCAUGGACUCCACAAAAAGUUGUCAAGACUGCAGCAGUGAAGUCACACCUUCACCAGCAGAAACACUAAAUAAAAAUGCCAACUCACCUGUGCCACCCUCACCAGUGCAAGUGUGUGCCAGUGUCCAAGCGGCACCAUCAUGUGUGGUUUCAGCACUGAAAGAAGGCUUGAUCACCAAUACAGCACAGCUCUCUCACUCUGCCACUAGACCUGAGAAUUUUGAAUUUCAUCAUCCAGACAUGAAAGGGAAGUCUUCCCCAGAUCUGAGUCUUACUCUUCCAUCCUCCAGCACACGUGUCGGUGUGAGCAGGAGACUGAGUAGUCCUGAGAAGAUCAUCAGCCUACACGAGCAACUGCAGAAGACUCUAAUGAGCAGCUAUCAGGCUCCAGUGAGCAGAGGAAGAAGACAGCAACCCAGGAAAUCUUUUUCAGCUCCUGCAGACCUGGGACCAGCCUCUCAGACAAAGAAGCAGAGCCUCAGUUUGAAUAUACCACUUACAGACUCUCUCCCAGCCACCACUGCUUCGAGCCCAGCUAAGCACGUUCCAGCUGUGACAACCAUACCUGUUUCCACUAAUAAGUCAGCAACACUUUUUAAUGCAGUCGCCUCUAGAUCUGCUAAUAUUACAUUCAGUCCCAUGUUUACUAACCAUCACUGUAAAGCAGACAUGUCUAAAACUAUAAAUUCUGCUCUUUCUAGCUCAAGCAAAGCCAAAUACACCUCCAGCUAUGGCACUAAUAUAGCAAUAUCCCCAAAACUAACAAAUAAAAUCAUCACUGCUAUUCCUGACAUAUCUGAUGCCAAACAUACAGCUCCCACUCCUUUAACUCUGAGGACCACUACCUUUGUCUCUGAUGUCUUAAUAUGUUCUGACACGAAUCCAAAAAUCACUGCCUCAGACACAACUGCCCCUAGCAUAACAACUGCCCCCGAGGCUAAUCAUUUUAACAUGCCUUCUAAAACCGAUGGUGCUGCCCCUGCGUAUCACGGGCCUGUAUUUGCUGCCUCCUGCACUCCAUCUGCUCAUUGCUCUCCUGAAAGAUCCAACAAGUCUGCCAGAAAGUCCACCACUGCUCUUGAAAAGACAGCAAGACCCAAACCAGGAGCUCCAGCAGAGGUUCGUGCCGUUGAGGUCGUCAAAACAGUGGGCCAGAGCAGCCUCAUGAUCGGCUGGGAGAGGCCGCCGCUCGACGAGCUGGGCUGUAGUAACGGCACAUUUGUGUACGGAUACAGGGUGUUUGUAGAUGGGGACUUCCACAAAUCUGUCAUGAGCUCAGCGUGCACCAAGUGUAUUCUGGAGAAUGUCGACCUGAGUGGCCCAGUCCACAUCAGUGUCCAAACACUGGGCUCUAAUGGUCUCAGUUCCAACAGUGCCCACACUAUGUACAGGACUUCAGUGAGAACAGAACACCACUGACUCACAGUGUCCUGACUACAGCAACCGUAAUAGGGGCAUACAAUGGCUCUUUAGGAUUACAGCAACCUCUUGAUGAAAACAUUCUCAGCCAGUGGUUUGAAUGUGCACAGCCAUCUAUAGCCGCAGCCCUCUGAGGGACCGUGCUAACCUCCACCUCAGCGGACAGCGAGGACGAUACGUCACACUGCUGGGAUACCGUCAGGCUCAGGUCAACCAAUCAGAAAAACUCAUCUCAUGUUGUCACUAUGAACACCUAUGCCUAUGAACACGUAGUGACCUGUGGCCGGCCAAUAAACCUCAAAACGAUUAACUGAAGAUGUCAAACACAACCCCAUAAGAUUCCUGAGAGUUAAUCUGCACGUAAAAGCAGGUGAAGAUUAGCUCGAUCCGAAGAACUUCCUGUUUCAGAGUCCUGAACACUGGAUUCACCUCUCGAAUGGAUAUGACGUUGUGAGUGUCUGCCAGGUGAAAGGCCAGUGUGGCUGCCAAUCAAACAAAUCCUGACAAACUGAUUUUUAAAAAAAGUGUUACUUCUCUAUGAACUAGAUGAAGCCAAGAUCAAUCACAGUGUCACGGUUGGAGGGACGUUUGCAUCUGGUGCAUAUUUUAACACUGUGUUUAACACUGAGAGAUCACAUGUCAUAUGGCUUCAUCUGCCUCUCUGGACUCUGACAUUAACAGCUGACUAAUGGGACAUUCACUGUAUGAAAAGCCUUUUUUUUUUUUUUUUCAAAGCAACACACACUGUAUAAUGUGCCGACGCAACAUUGUACCCUGUGGUUAUCUUACUUGAUUUUUACACAUGAAGCCAAAUAUGAAAAAAAGAUGAUUCACUCCAAAGACUUAUCUGUUUCUUGCUCCUCACAGGUCUACGGGGUUAUUUAAACACAGAAGCCAGGUGUUAUUUUAAGUUCUGAAAUUUGCACACAGUCAUUAUUGAUAUCUAGAAGAUAAAAUUAAAAAAAUAAAUUAUUACUGAUAUUUUUUUGUAGAGAAUAUUAUGAAAAUAUGCCAAUGUAUCACAUAUUUUACUUCUUUUUGUAUGAGUGACACUUUGUUUUUCAUACCUAAUAGAUGUUAAGUUUGCACGCUCAUAUUGUUUUUUUUGUUUUAUACAAUGUUCACAACACACACUAUGAUGUUCUUUUGCUACUUUCUGUAUGUACGGAUGUGGAGUGAUCAUGGUGCAGCAAAGGUAUUUUUCUAUUAGUAAUUGAAAAUAUUGAUUUCCCAUUGAUUCCUUAAGACUGUACAGAGAAUAAAUGUUUAUACAAUAUUAA